UCCGGGAAGGUAUGAGCGGUCGCUCCAACUCUCUACCUCACAACGCUAGCACACUCAGAGCAGCUAGCAGCAUUCCUUACCAGCUGAUCACCAACUGGUGAAGGCAUUACUCGUGAGGUGAUGUAUAUGAUAGAAGCUACUAGCAGCUUAACACGUGCAACUGGAGCAGUUGACGUACCAUCAGAACUUAUUUCUACAUGAAGAGUUAUUACAAGGAAGACGUAUUUUGUGAUCAAAGCGAAGACAACUUGUGAGAGAUUUUCUACUGAUUAAUGUAAUGUUUGUUUACACUGGCAUUGGAAGAUAUGAACGUUGUGAGGAGGCGGUUCAUGAAGAGAAUACAAGCAGUGUCCUGUGCAUGGCCGAGCUGUGAAUAGACAACAUUGAGAUAUAUUUGACAUUUCCAGAUAAGCCUUCCGUUGAGCUUGGUGCCAGUAAAAGGAGUAUACUAUUAAGUUUUACAGCCCAACUUCCAGACAAUAUAAACCCCUUCUGUUGCCUGCUGGAUCCUGUCAUCUAGUGUGUUUAUGCCAUAUACUUCUUGGAUAACCUCCGAUCAGGUGUGGUGAUUGCGUCAAAUAUCAAACACACCCGCCGUCUUCCUGUCUGGAGUCGGUGUUUAUGAACAUGAUACACCGGCUGUGGGAAGCGUUGAGAGUUGUAUCAAAUGCAUAACGCUUGCUUAAUGUGUAGAAUUCGAGACGUGUUAAAGGGAUUUAAGCAAUUAAGGAAUAUCAUCAUCCGUCUAUGAAGCAAAGGCGAGUGUAAUCUAACUGUUCUCCUGUAGGAGUCCGUGCGAGGCAUGCUGCUGGUCUCCUCAACACCGGCCCGUCCGUCUCCGCCUGCACAGUAUGACGGGUAUAUAGAUUUCAUCGGAUACCGUGUAAUUGGAUUUAAAGAAGUAUCUAAAUACCAUUCUCCAUGAUGAAUGUGGGUAAGGCCAUGUAAUCGGAUUAACCAUCUCUGCUUAUAAAUGGUAGCUCGAGUACCUGAUUGGUAUAGGGACGUGACGACUAGAGCAGCAAUGGUCAAUGACACAGACAAGCACCUGUUCAAUCCUGAACACUCAAAACCUGUCUGGAGCUUCUACGUCAUCUGGGGACUCUCCAUCCCGAUGGUGUCAGUGACGUUCAUGACGUUGAUGGCUAACGGAACCGUUCUGUUGAUGUUUAUCUUAACACGGGUGCUGCGAAAGUGUAAAAAUAUAUACAUUGCUAGCCUUGCCAUGGCGGAUUUUCUAAUAGGGUGUACCAUGCCCAUCGCGAUGCUUCAAGAUCUGAAUCCAAACUGGGCUCUUGCGGGCUGUGCUUGUAAACUUAGCCUUACUUUUCGCCAUUCCUUAUUGUACGUGUCCCUACUUAGUAUUCUCCUUAUCAGCAUUGAUCGAUGGUGGUCCAUCCACUACCCAUUCUCCUACCGAGUACGACAAAGUCGCAGACUGGCUCUUGGUAUUGUCUGUCUGUGUUGGUUCCUCAGUUUGGCGAUACACAUUCCACCCAUUGUGCUCUGGGAUCUAAUUGCAGACAUUGACACAAAUUUAACAUCGUCAGCGUCCUAUACUUGUGAUGUACCCUACAGGAGACAUUUUGCAUUUACAUUGACUGCCUCGGCUGUGGAGUACCUGGUCCCAGUCAUGGUGUUGUGGGGACUUAAUUGUAGCAUUUAUUUUAAAAUCAGCAGGAGGAAAAGCAUGAAAAUUCGACGAUCUCUUAGCGCAUCAGACACAUUCAUUCUCACAUAUCGAAAAUCUUCAUCAGAAUCUGACUGUACUACUAACCCUUCUGACGAAAGUGCAGAUCUGUUUCCGAACAGUUUCUCUCGACUUGAUAUUAGACGCACGUCUCUAAUCAUGAAUUCGACCAGGCGUCACAGCCUUGCAAACUACCUGACACCUGCCAGAGCAUCCUCUGCACCUGCUCAGUACUCCAGGAUGAGCGUAAAACGACGUGUGUCUUUUGACACCCUGAUGGGUCAGACGGCCUACAGACCUAGUGCUAUCAGAAAGUCCUCCAUGUGUGGAACGGGGCUGAGGAGCAGCUCAAUCAUCAGGAAACAGAGUGACGACCUUGUGAGGGACCUUCUGGUGAAACAGGACAAGAAGGCAGCAUGUUCCUUGGGCAUGCUGGUGCUUGUGUUUACGUUGUGUUGGACCCCCUACAUGGUGAGCAGUGUUGUGUAUGCCAAGUGCGAUACGUGUCUCGCGUCCUGGGUUCGAACCGUUGCGUUUUGGGUGCUUAUGGCCAACUCGGCCAUCAACCCUUUCUUAUACGGACUUCUUAAUGCGGAGUUCAGGAAGGUGCUCAGACAAUGGUUCUUCUGCCCGAAAACGAGGAAGUACAGGCUGAAAGAAGCUUUGUUGUACUGGAACCUUCAGCAAGGUAUGGACUCGGAGGGUGUGCGGGAUAACGGAUUCUUUCCAGCGGUGCGUGAAUAGUGCAACCAAAGUCCUGACAUGACAUGAAAGUGCUGUGAAGUGUAUGGAAGGUCACGUAUACAUGUAUUCCAAAGAGAACAAAUUUUGUCAUUUAAUUAUGCUUACCUGGUGAUAAAACUGUGAUGGACGAUGUCUCAAGUAUGUCUCACCUCUUUCAUCAUGUCCCGGACUGUGAUCCUGUCGUUUCUAUGUGAUUCUUGUUCCACACAAAUCAUCUCUACCUGUUGUGAGCUUACCAACACUGCCACAGCGAACACCUUACACGUUACAUGUGUAUUCUAGGUGUAUAUUGGUGACACUCGCAGUGUUUACAUGGGACAUUAUUCCGGUGAUCCGAUGAUAGCACUGCAUACCUCACUGGUAAUCCGUGUGGUCCAGAGACUCUCUAUUGUGAUAGCUGUUUCACCAGUACUGGUCUGUAUGUCUUUCACUAUACAUGAGUAAAUUUCUAAUCAUGGUAUAUAUUAUAUAUAUGACUUGGGCUCAUAGUUGUCAAAAUUUUGUAUGUUUUAUUUUUCGAAUUGACGUUGUCUAUUUGUUAUACAUUUGCAGUAAAAUUACAGUAAGAUGUAUAUUAUGCUAAUUGUUAUUCAUAUAAAAGAAAGUGCCACUGAU